UCUGUGCUGAAGCCCAAAAUAUCUCUACAGUACUCGUCUUCUCCAUUUUUUUCCCUAGUCCUAGACAGUACCACAAUCACAUUACAAUCACAGGAAUUUCAGUUACAAUUUUGUCAUCACCAAUUCCAGAUCAAACCUAAUCGAAGAGGCGUGUGGUAGCAAUGGAUUAUCUGCCUGAUCAAUUACUUUGGGAGAUCUUGGACAGGAUAAAGAAGACUGCAGAUAGAAACUCUGUAUCACUAACUUGUAAGCGCCUUCACAAAGUGGAUAGUGAACAACGAAAAUUUAUCCGGGUUGGAUGUGGAUUGGAUCCUGCCACAGAAUCCUUGGCUUCUGUCUGCAACAGGUUUCCGUACUUGGAAAGGGUGGAGAUCAUUUACUCUGGUUGGAUGUCCAAAUUAGGAAAACAGUUGGAUGAUCAAGGGCUUCGAGUCCUUUCCAGUAACUGUUCUUUGCUAAAGGAUCUAACCUUAAGUUACUGUACCUUUAUUACCGAUGCUGGUCUAAGUUCCCUGGCUUCUUGUUCUAAACUUUCAGCACUCAAGCUGAAUUUUGCCCCAAGAGUAACUGGUUGUGGGAUAUUAUCUCUUGUCAUGGGUUGCAAAAAGCUUGCAGUGCUUCACCUUGUUCGAUGCCUUAACAUAAGCAGCGUUGAAUGGUUGGAGUAUUUAGGCAAGCUUGAAACUCUUGAAGAUCUUUGUAUUAAAAAUUGUAGAGCAAUUGGAGAAGGUGACCUGAUUAAGCUUGGACCAAGUUGGCGGAAAUUAAAGCAGCUACAGUUUGAGGUUGAUGCAAACUACAGAUACAUGAAGUUUUACGAUCGGUUGGCCAUAGAUCGGUGGCAAAAGCAAUGGAUCCCUUGUAGUAGCAUGUUGGAGCUAAGUUUGGUGAACUGCAUCAUCAGCCCUGGAAGGGGGCUUGCAUGUGUCUUGGGGAAGUGCAGUAACCUGGAAAAGAUUCACUUGGACAUGUGUGUUGGCUUGAGGGAUGCUGACAUUGUUUGUUUGGCACACAAAUCAAAAAAUCUUCGAUGCAUAUCACUUCGAGUGCCUUCAGAUUUUUCACUUCCCCUUUUGAUGAACAAUCCAUUGAGAUUAACUGAUGAGAGCUUAAAGGCAUUGGCUGAGAAUUGUUCACAGCUGGAUUCAGUUAGGUUGUCUUUCUCAGAUGGGGAGUUUCCUUCAUUGUCCUCGUUUACUUUGGAUGGAAUCCUUGCUCUCAUACAAAUGUGCCCAAUCAGGGAACUUGCUCUGGAUCAUGUGUACUCGGUGAAUGAUUUUGGUAUGGAAGCUCUUCGUUCAGCAAAGCACCUCGAGAUCCUGGAGCUUGUGGGAUGCCAAGAAGUUACAGAUGAGGGGCUACAGCUCGUAGGCCAAUUCCUGCAAUUGCGUGUUUUACGGCUCAGCAAGUGUUUGGGUGUUACUGAUGACGGAUUGAAGCCACUUGUUGGAGCAUGUAAACUGGAAAUGUUAGUUGUGGAAGAUUGUCCCCAGAUAUCCGAACGAGGUGUCCAAGGAGCUGCAAAGUCUCUGAAUUUCAGGCAGGACUUAUCAUGGAUGUACUCAUAAAUCUUUAGGAGUAAAUUAUAUAUCAUUCUAGUGUUUCCUUGCUCCUCAUCCAUUAAGUGUGGGUGUAUUUGUGUGCCAUCAUGGUAUCUAUCAUGACAGAUUUGUAUAUUUGAAGUUUGCAAGUGUAAUAGCUAUAUCCACAGUUGACUGUAUCAAUAGUUGUUUUGGAA